AUGCCACCCUUCAUUCUCCAGAUGGCCACUCAAGAGAUGUUGCUCAGAGGCCAUUCCCAGAGUGAGAUGCCUAUUCUGAAGGAUCAUGCACUUAGGCCCAAUGAAACAGCUGCUCUGAGGACAGGACUGCUUGUAGGAACCUUGGAUGUAGUUUUGGACUCCAGUGCUAGAGUUGCUCCUUAUAGGAUCUUACAUCAAACGCAGGAUUCUCAGAUCUAUUGGGCAGUGGCAUGUGGCUCAUCCCGUCAGGAAAUUACAGAACAUUGGGAGUGGCUAGAAAAUAAUUUGCUCCAGACUCUUGCAAUCUUUGACAAUGAAGAAGAUAUCACUACCUUUGUCAAGGGUAAAAUACAUGGAAUUAUUGCUGAAGAAAAUAAGAAUCAGCAGCCGCAGGGGGAAGAAGACCCUGGCAAAUUUAAGGAAGCAGAACUGAAGAUGCGCAAACAGUUUGGAAUGCCUGAAGUAGAGAAACUUGUUAAUUAUUACUCCUGCAGUUAUUGGAAAGGACGUGUCCCAAGGCAGGGCUGGCUAUAUCUCACUGUUAAUCACCUUUGUUUCUAUUCCUUCCUUUUGGGCAAAGAAGUGACCUUGAUAGUCCAGUGGGUAGAUGUAACGCAGCUAGAGAAGAAUGCAACCCUUCUGUUUCCUGAAUGCAUCAAAGUGAGUACCAGAGACAGUGAACUCUACUUUUCAAUGUUCCUGAACAUCAACGAGACCUUCAAGUUAAUGGAACAGUUGGCUAACAUUGCCAUGCGUCAACUGUUUGAUAAUAAAAGUUUCACGGAGGACAUGUUGCUUCCCAAACCCAGCAAGCCACUCAAGAAUAUCUCAGCACUCAAGAGGGAUCUGGAUGCCAGAGCCAAAAACGAAUGGUACCGUGCUACUUUUCGACUGCCUAAGGAUGAACGUCUUGAUGGGCACACAGACUGUACUUUGUGGACCCCAUUCAAUAAAAUCCACAUCCUCGGCCAGAUGUUUGUUUCCAAUAACUAUAUCUGUUUUGCUAGCAAGGCAGAAGAGGCAUGUCAUCUCAUAAUACCACUUAGGGAGGUUACAAUUGUUGAGAAAGCAGACAGCUCCAGUAUUUUGCCUAGCCCACUUUCCAUCAGCACCAGAAGCAAAAUGACCUUCCUUUUUGCCAACCUGAAGGACCGAGACUUCCUAGUACAGAGAAUUUCUGACUUCCUGCAGACGACUUCUUCAAAGCAAACAUGCCACAGUGGCAGGGACCAAAAGAAGAGCGUUAGUGACCAUGCCUAUGAGGUACAGUAUUAGCAGUGAGCCCUGGAAUUAUUCUCUGAAUAUUUCUAAUUAUUCUGGCAAUUGACUGUGAUUUCUAUUAUUGACAGGACAUUAGAACUUAUUAGAUAGCAUUGACUGCCUCAGUUUCGAGAGCAAGAAGG